UUUAGUAUUCUUCUGUCUUUCAGUGGAAAAUUGGAGAUCAUUGCCAUGCUAUGUGGUCAGAAGAUGGACAUGUGUACCCUGCUAUCAUUCAGUCCAUCAGCGAAGAUGAUGGGAAAUGCCAUGUUGUUUUUGACGAGUAUGGAAAUGAGGAAGAGUUGAACAUAGAUGACCUCCUGCACCCAAAAGAUAAUGAAAAAAGCACAUCAAACAAAAAAGAGCACCAGUGGAAAGUGAAGGAUCGCUGCUGUGCUAUCUGGUCUGAAGAUGGACUUGUCUACCCUGCUACUAUUAAGUCGAUCAAUAAAGCUGCCAGAACGUGUGUGGUUGUGUAUGAGGGUUACGGAAAUAAAGAGGAACAGAAUUUGUCAGAUUUGUUACCAGCCGAUUAUACUGCCUCAGAUAAAGAGGACCAGGCACAGCAGGUAAAUAGAAAUGUGUAUACAUUUGUCUCCGUACUUUCUAACAAUGAGAUUGUUAUAAAAGCAGCAGACAAAGAUGGCGGUAUUGUAGUUCUUGAUGCAGAGUACUACAGUGUGAAAAUGUAUGAGAUGCUCAAUACUUAUGAUUAUGAAGCAAUAGAUAGUAACUACGUUGACUAUAUUAUUUCUAACUUAAAAAGUUCUCGGGUUAAUGUCAGCAGCGGUAACCUUAGUGCCUUUAGCCAGGUUUUAUAUGAGGGUUCUCCAAUGGUUGUUAGCAACACAAUGGUCAAUACUUUACCAAUAUAUGUUGACUCUGAUAUGAAUUACUCAGACAUGCAAGAGAGAACUCAGGUGGUGAAUUCAAUCAGAUCACGUUUUACAAUGCCAUUCAUUCAUUCCCCCUCAUCCCAAGACCAUAGUAACGAUGGAUGCUUCCCAGUUGGAUUUGGGAGCCUUUUCUGGGGAAAAAAGCCCAAGCCAGGUUCUCUGUGGCAUGGAAUGUUUCCAGCUCCUCCACCACCACCAUCUUUCUUUGGACAUUUUCCAGCAUGGCCACCAGGACUUGCGACAUUUUCUCCACCACCACCACCACCACCACUGUACCCUAAUGACGAUGAAGACAGCAUGUCGCUAUCUUGUAUGCUGCUUGCUUGGUAUAUGAGUGGAUAUCACACAGGUUAUUAUAUGGGCCUUAAAGAUGGACAGAAAGUGGCUGAAAAGUUAAAGCAAAAGAAGAAGAAUCCAAAAACAUAAUUAGUUUGUGACAAGUGCCGUAUUGUCUCCCAUGGAGACAGGACAGUUUCAUCUCACAGCCCUGUGUGACACCUGGAGUUUUCAACACCUUUCUGAUUUUUUUACAAUGCAGUUUAAUUCUUGAUUGAACUUGUUGUAUAGAAAUAAACUUGUAUUUUGUUUGUCA